AUGCAGCGAGAAAAUCAACAAUCUUCCAGUCAAGAGAUUGUGGGUGGCCAUCGCUCUCACCAUCACACGAGGCCCGAAUCAAGUUCAAAUCGCAGCCGUACAAAUCACAGUCGCUCUAGCUCUGGUGAAAACUCCGAAUCACGCCGUAAGAGAACAAAGACAUCCUCGGGUCGAACGCCAGCAAGGGAAUCAGCAAACCGUGGGCAAGAACUGGGAACAAGUAGCAAUGCACAGGCAAAAAGACCACGGACCAAUGAGGGCAGUAGGAUUGCGGAUCGCGAGUCUUCUCCCGCUACCGGACAUGACUCGAGAAGAUAUGGAAAAAGCACCGGACUGGUCGCUGCUCAAAAAUAUAUUCCACCAAGAGGUCCUCAAACUACAGAAAUGCAGGGAAUUCAAGAGAGAAUGGCUCGGACGUACGUCUCCGCUCCAAGCAUACCAGCAGUUCACGAUCCUUCAUCACGAAAUUCUGCACUAGCACCCAUGUUUAACAACCCUUUCCGUUCCAGUGGAAGAUUUGUUGGUUGGGGUGGUCUUCAAGAAGAACAACAGUGGCAGCAACAAGAACAACAAGAUCACCAGCAGUAUCUGCAGCCGAAUGCGACACAACAAGGUGUAGCUAUACCUGCACCUCAAACUUCGACAAGCUACUCCCAACAAUCGCAGAUAAAAGAAGAGGUUCGAUGCACCUUUCACGACGAAUAUGGCUUAUGGUGUGGUCGACCAAGGCUUAACAAGUCAUUUUUCUGUGACAUCACGGGCUCUAAAGCUCACAACGAUGCUAAUAGCAAUCGAGAUUAUUACAGAGGAAUGAAAAUUCUUUCAGGAUCGAUAGGCAUCUGCCCACAACGAAUGGUUCCAAAUUCUGCACAAAAGUCAGUAUAUAUAUGUAACAUGAAAAAUUAA